AUGGUGCAGUAUCGGCCAACUUCAGCAAACAUCGGCAAGUUUUCUCAGCGCGCACGCUGGGGAGUUCAUCUGGGGCUCAGCAACGAGCACAAGGGGUGGCUCAUUCUCGACGUCGACAGCAAGGAGAUUGUUCCCGCGCGUGACGUCAUCUUCUACGAAAGACUCACCUUGAAGCAGUGGAUCGAGGACGAACAACGCAACCAAGCUCGCGGCUAUGUCAACAGCGGCCGCAGCUUUGCAUCUCCCGAGGAUGAAGCAGCAGCAGCAGCCUUCGAUCGCGACGACACCGACGAUCAUCCUGGCAUUCCGCCUCGCCCUCGCUCGGACGAUGACGACGACGACGACAGCGAUGACGCACCUACCCCUGGACCAUCCCGCCGCGAAACCGCCCCCAGCACUUCCUCACCUGGACACGAGAGCGACGAUGAUGACGUGGUGGAGGUCCCCAUCACUGACACUGCGGAAACCGCGAACGUCUCCGGCCUGCAGCUUCUCGGGCUCCACACCUCCGUCUCCGCCAUAGCUCGCGCUGUUGAACCAAAGAACCCGCGCCAAGCCCUCACCGGCCCGCACGCCAAAGAGUGGCGUGCAGCUAUGGACGCCGAACUGAAAGCGCUGGAGUCCCGUGACACCUGGGUUCUCGUCGAUCGUGCAGCAGUGAAGGGGAGGAGGGUGCUCAGCGGGAAGUGGGUUUUUCGGCUCAAGACUAACGCUGACGGAACCAUUGAGCGCUUCAAGGCACGAUGGGUGGUCCGAGGCUACGACCAACGCCACGGCAUCGACUUCGACCAAACUUUCGCUCCUGUCAGCCGUCACACCUCCGUCAGGAUCCUACUCGCCAUAGCGGCCGCUAAGCAUCUACCACUGCGACAGAUCGACGUGAAGAACGCAUUCCUAUAUGCGUUGGUGGACGCAACCAUUUUCGUGGAGCAACCACACACCUACGGAGAAGGAGAUCCCAGGGUCUGCCAGUUGAAGAAAUCCCUCUAUGGGAUUAAGCAGGCGCCUCGUCUCUGGCAGCAGCACCUGCACAAAAUUCUACUGGAAAUCGGCUUCAGGCAGCUGCCGCACGACCCGGGAAUGUACCGCCUCCACUUCAACGGCGACUACAUCCUCCUCACCGUCUACGUCGACGACCUGCUCUACACUGGCACCUGCAACACGCUUCUUACCCAGUUCGAAGAAAACUUGGCGAAGCGCGUGGACAUUACCACCAACCACAACGUCACCCAGUUUCUGGGCCUGAACAUCACCUACGCGCCAGAAGCAAUUCAUCUCUGGGCUGCCUGCUGUUCGCAUCUGUCACAUGCCGACCCGACCUUUCGUACAUCACCUUUGGCACAGUACUCCCGCAAACCAGUAGCCGAGAACCAGUUGGACCUGGAGCGCGCCCUGCAGUACUUCAUCUCCACGCCUGACAUUGGACUCUCCUACUCCACGCUGCCAACAACAUCCUUCAACCUCAACGGCUACGUGGACGCUGACCAUGCCGCUGACCCAGCAAAUCGACGGUCCCGAACCGGCUUCGUUUUUCGCCUGGAGCCAACUGGCCCCAUCUCCUGGAACUCGCAGAAGCAGGAACUGGUUGCCCUGUCAUCGGCCGAAGCUGAAUACAUCGCCGCGACAGCAGCAGUUCGCGAAGGUCUGUACCUGCAGGAGCUGUUACAGGAGGCGAAAAUUCCAACCUCGCCUACCUUUCGCCUGCACUGCGACAACCAGAGCGCGAUCAAGAUCGCGAACAAGCCCGGGUUCGUGAACCGCACGAAGCACAUCGCACUGCGGUACUUCUUCGUCAAGGACGAAAUCGACCAGGGUAAAGUUGACCUCGCUUACUGCCCAACCACUGAGAUGGCAGCCGACUUCCUCACCAAGCGUCUGCCACGUCAGCAGUUCAAGCACUGCUCCGACCUCACCGGAGUGGUCAAGCGAGUCAGCACCCUUCGCGUCCAGGAAUGA